GUUCGAAACCUCCUCCCGUGAUGUGCGCUCCUAGAAAGCAUCUCCGGCGCGAGUAUCUUUAUCGAAAGUUCUAUCUAGUAGCAGUACCAGAUUCGAUAUUUUUGCGGACGUUUUCUACGUGUGACAAUUACCCAUCGUGAUUCAUAAGUUCAAAGAUGCUGAUCAAUCUCGUUUUUUUUAUUACUAUUAUUUUCGUUAUUACCGUGUAUACGGUUUCGGGACACCCCUUUUCGUUCCUACCACGACAUGCCGUCGAACGAGCUGCGGAACGUAGGAGCAUAAGCAGGCAAAUGAUAGAACACAACUCUAAUUUCCUGACGCCGUUAUCGGAAUAUGGAACACGUUCUGAAUCAAAACCAGUAGAACCAUGGACUACUAUCACUCAGAACCCAGUAAACGGUAUCGAAACUACUGUGGGAAGCAGGGUGGAAUUAGAAUGCAAAGCUAGCGGUAGUCCUCCGCCGGAAAUUCUCUGGUUCACAGGAAGUGGUAGCAACGAACAAUUAAUCGAGUAUGUGAAAGCCAGUACGCAUUCCUUGUACGAUCCAUCCGAGGAGUGGAAAGGAGUGGCCAGAAUUAAUUCAAAGCUCGUGAUAGAAUGCGUUACUCCAGAUGAUGCUGGAUUAAUCUAUUGUGCGUCAGUUUCUGCGAGAGAGGUGAAGAUCUCUACUCCUACGGUGCUGCUGGUUAAUAAUGAACGUGGUUUAAGUAAUUGCAGUUCUGAAAGUGAUCCAAUAAUCACUCUUUAUUCUCCUACAUUAGUAGCAAAUAUAGGAGUAACUGUGGUAUUGCCAUGCAGGGCAAGUGGCAAACCAACACCGCAAAUUACUUGGGUGAAUAACUAUAACGUACCUCUAAGUUUAUCAACUAAUUUGCGACAUAGAGUAUUAGAUAGUGGUGACUUAAUGAUAGAGGAACUCUUAUGGGAAGAUAUGGGUGGUUAUACUUGUCAAGCGAAGUCUGGAAAUCGUCAACAAGUCGUCAGUACAUUCCUUUAUCCCUUGCGCCCCGAAAAAGAAGUGUCUCGGACGGUUAAUUAAAUAAAUUAUGGAAGAAUAAAUCCGGAUUGAUCUCUUUUUACUAUUGUACGAUAUGCCAUAAUCUUUUUGCGCAAAAUUUCAGUGUUCGUUAGUGGUCAUAUAGUAUUAUUUUUAAGUAUGAGCAUUAUGCAUAAUUCUAUGCAGCGAGAUUAUAUUUUGGUACUAAAAACAUGACAAUGCGUUCAAAAAUUAAUAACGUUUCGUUUAAUUAUUAUCAAUUAAAACGCAGCCAUUAUUUUACUUAAAACUUUUAUAAUAGAUUUUAAGGUGCCAAAGAGUUUUAUAUUCGAUUAUGAUAAUGACUUUAGCAAGUUUAAAAUAGUAAGUUAAGCUAUAUAUUUCAAUAUUUAAUUAUUAUCUAUAUUGCGAUACCUCUUGAAUGAGGAUUCAUCUAGUUUAAACAAAUUAUUUAUUUAUUUUAUAUAUCGACUUAAUAAGUAGAUAUAAUAAAAAAGAUUUCGUUUAAUCUGAUAUAAUAAGAUUAAUUACUAAAUUCUAUGUAAUUUUA